GCCACACUACCAGGAAGUGAAUCACCUGACAAAAAUGAAACAUUGCAACCUUUUUGCAUGUAGCUGUCAUUUGUAGCUAUUUAUUUCCGCCUCAAUUCCCGACACGAUUUUGAGACAAAUCUGGCACUUCGGUAGUCAUACAGUAAUUUGUGUGUUUGCGCCGUCGUUUUGGAGUUUGUACCACGUUGUUUAUCCGGAGUCAAUGGCCAGUGGAAUCCCAGAUGUGUCCGAGCUGGUGGCUGAGGCUCGGCGCACGUACGAGGAGGUUUUCGGGGGAGAGGCAGCCAAGGUGGCGGUGUGCGCCCCUGGAAGAGUCAAUCUGAUAGGCGAGCACACCGACUACAACCAUGGAUUCGUACUGCCGAUGGCGCUGCCCCUGGUGACGGUGGUGGUGGGGAGUCCAGCCUCCGGCCAGAGUGUCACCGUGGUAACAACAGCGAAGGAUGUUGAGGAGCCCAGGAGAGUGGACUUCAACCUGCCCAGCUAUGGCUCACCUCUGUCUCCAGGGUCACCCGGCUGGGCAAACUAUGUGAAGGGCGUUGUGCAGCAUUACAGGGCUCCCCCUGUCCCAGGCUUCAGGGCAGUGAUAGCUACCAGUGUCCCGCUGGGAGGAGGUCUGUCCAGCUCAGCCUCUCUCGAGGUGGCUUUCUACUUCCUGCAGCAGCUCAACCCAGAUGAUGGGGACAAUGUGGCAAAGGCAUUAGCAUGUCAGCUGGCAGAACACACCCAUGCAAGUGUGCCCUGUGGCAUUAUGGACCAGUUUGUGUCUGUUUUGGGCAGGGAGGCUCAUGCUUUGCUCAUUGACUGCAGGUCCCUGGUGGUGACCCCGGUUCCACUGGCAGAUCCAGGCCUGGUCAUCCUCAUUACCAACUCCAACGUCAAACACUCUCUUACUGGCAGUGAAUACCCAACCAGACGCAGACAGUGCGAGGAGGCGGCUUCCAUCUUGAGGAAAGCCAGCCUUAGGGAUGCUACCUUGAAGGAUCUGGAGGAGGGUAGAAAUCAAAUGGACGAUGUGACGUAUCGUAGAGCUCGUCAUGUGAUUGAGGAGAUAGAAAGAACUGUCCAAGCUGCCGAAGCGCUGAAGAGAGGGGCUUACAGAGAGUUUGGCAAACUUAUGGUGGAGAGCCAUAACUCCCUCAGAGAUUUGUAUGAGGUGAGCUGCAGGGAGCUGGAUGAGCUGGUCUCUGCAGCCAUGGAGGUUGAGGGGGUGUUUGGUAGCCGGAUGACAGGUGGAGGAUUUGGUGGAUGCACUGUGACUUUGCUGCAGGCCCAUGCCAUCGACAGGGCCAUACUCCACAUACAGGAGCGAUACAGCGGAAGCCCAACUUUCUACAUCACUGUUCCUUCAGAGGGAGCCCGGGUUCUCAGUCUUUCCUGACCUGAAAUACUGUCCCAGUACAUCUCUGCUGAAUGCCAUUCGUUCAAAAGAUGCAUUCCUCUUGUAUCGUUUACAAUUUGAUGAAGUUGUUUUCUCAGACAGCUUUGAUUUAAUUAUUACUGUUAUAAUAAGGUAGAAUGAGCACAAAUGAGCUAUGAAGGAGACUUGGCUGCUCAGCUGACAUACUGUGUGAAGGGAAAAAGUGCCUUGAUAAUAAAAACGCUGUGUGAGUGCUGUGUCUGGCAACAAAUGAAUCAAACUCUACCCCUCCGCCUCCCUUCUAUUACUUAUAUGUGUGCCUGAAGUAUCUAAUGUUUAAUGUCUUAAUUAUUUAUACCAACUAUGUGCAAUUAAGACGAUAAUGUAACAUGGUAGGCCAAAUUCUGUUUAUUUGCAUUGUGCCUUAAACAAAACUCUUGAUUAAAUAUUUUUAUUUUUACGUUUGUAACAAAUUCCCUUUGAAGACGAAUGAUAUUUUGCUCAAUAAAGCUUUUGUUUAACUUCA